AUGCCGUUGCAGACCCGGGGUCGUUGGGGCGCCGCGCUCGAUCAGCUUGUAGACCGCGUGGGAGCGCAGGGAAGCAUCAUAUUUGAAUGGGAGGACAGCGAAGGUGACCGCCGACUGACCGCACCGAUUCAUUCCGGGUAUUAUUCCUCCGAUGCGAUCUCGGUGUAUCUCUCGAAGUGCCAGGACAUGGAAGCCCGGGAUCAGGCGAUCAUUCGCCAACACACCCAUGAUGACGACGAGAUUGCACUGCUUGACGAUACGCUGCUUGCGUCUUCCGUCGACGAGCUCAAACGGCAGGAACACGUCCAGAAGCUGAUGCGCCUUGGAAUAUUUCACCGCGCCGCCGGAGUGAUGAACAAGGACAAUCGCUGGCUUUCGCUCUUCUCGGUGCAGUUGAAUGCCGCGAGAAAUCCACUGGAUGCAAAAGAGCGGCAUUUUCUGUCGCAAGUCCUGCCGCAUGUCGCCAAAGCGCUGGAUCUCAGCAUUCCCAUUCGUCAACUUCAAAGCCGGUAUCAGCGGGUUUUAUCGGCCAUUGAUGAACUUGCGAUCGGUGUCUGCGUCCUAGACAGCCGUGCCAUGAUAGUUGCGCGCAACGAGGAGUUCAGGCGCCAGCAGGAAACCUAUCGGCUGUUUCGCGUCGGUCAGGGCGGUCAAUUGCGGAUUGCGGACCGGUCGGGUCAGAGCCAGCUUGACCGUCUCAUGUCGGACUGGCGCGAACAUGGCAGGUUCGGGGGCCGUCCCCGCAAGGAAAGUAUCCUCAGCCACACGGACACUCCUUUGUGCAUCGAAAUCACACCGCUGCAGAAGUCGGAUGAGAUCGGCAACGGUCUCUUUGGCGGAUUUGUCCUGUGCACUACGGACACGAGCCUGCCGGUCAUGUGCGACAAGACCCGAAUUCGGCAGGCCUUCGGACUGACGUCCGCCGAAGCUUCGCUGGUUGAUGCGAUCGGGGAAGGCCUGACCAAUCCCGAGAUUGCAGACCGUCGCAACCGAUCUGUCUCAACGGUCAAUGCUCAGACAAAGUCCAUCCUUGCGAAAUCGAACUGCGCCAACCGCACGCAGUUCGUAAGAAUGAUGAUGCGGUUCGGUGCCAGUUUUCUGACGCCGAGGUGA